ACUGCCCCCAGCGCCCCCACCGUCCUGUCCACGCUGCCGCCAGACACCACCAAGGCCCCACCUACCCAGGAGGUGCCCCGGCAGCCGCAGGUUCGGCCCCGUGCCCAGACGGAGGAGGACACAGACCCCAACUCUGUGCAUUCUGUCCCCAGAGGCAGCCCCGAAGGCUCCACCAAGGACCUGAUCGAGACGUGCUGUGCGGCUGGACAGCAGUGGGCCAUCGACAACGACGAGUGCCUGGAAAUCCCCGAGAAUGGCGCCGAGGGUGACGUCUGCAGGACAGCCCAGAGGCGCUGCUGUGUCUCCUACUUGCAGGAGAAGAGCUGCAUGGCCGGCGUCCUGGGGGCCAAGGAGGGCGAGGCCUGUGGGGCCGAGGACGGCAGCACCUGCAGCGUUUCCCUGUACAAGCAAUGCUGUGACUGCUGUGGCCUGGGCCUCCGCGUGCGGGCCGAGGGCCAGUCGUGCGAGUCCAACCCCAACCUGGGCUACCCCUGCAACCACGUCAUGCUGUCCUGCUGUGAGGGCGAGGAGCCCCUCAUCGUGCCCGAGGUCCGCCAGCCUCCGGAGCCUGCGGCCGCACCGCGGAGAGGUGGGGGCUGCCUCUUCCUGCUGGGGCGGCGGGGACCGGGGGCGGCGACCGCUGACCUUCUGGGGGGACUCUGGGCCUGUGUGUCGUCGUCUGUGGCUUGA